CUCACAUUCUCUGAGUGUGGAGCCACUUUAACGAAAGUGUGGACACUAUUCAACUGUUACCUUUGCACGGGAUAAUAAGCGCGCGCGUGCAAGCUCAUUAAACCACCUGGGUGGACCCCGCGUGAGACUUCUAGAAGCUUUCAGUGCGGCUCGUGCCUGGAGUUGGGACCGCUAAACAUCCCCGUCCGAGAGGGGAAUCGAGGAGAGGGAGACGGGGGAGAGAGGACACGAGCGGAAGGGAGGCGAAAAUCACAUACAAACCGAGCUGUACACACGGGUGACGCUGUUUUGGGCGUGCAGAAAGGCGGCAAACAAAGUCACAUUAACCGGAUAAAUGUAAACAUUGAUUUCCCCCCCCUGCGGUGCGUUGUUUGGACUCUAUGGAACAAGGGUUAUCCCGGGGCUGAGGAAAGACUGCUCUGUUUUCUUCAUUGUUUGCUAUGGAAAUUACGGGAAGUUCAUGUUUUUGGCUUCAUUGGGAACGUUAAAUGCAAAUGCAGUAGGUAGGUAGGGGACUCCGGGCUUUCAGUUCGUCAACUACUUGCUUUUUCCCCCUACAUUGUAUAGUAGUAGGCUGUGCUGUUUGCUUCUCUGAAAUGUGAGCCCCUCGUGAAGUAGAUACAUGACAAACCGCUGUACCCAGCUGUUUCAUUAGCACUACUGUAACCCUCCACUCUCGCCUUUUUGGAUUGGAUAUGCGAACAAACUUUUUAAGAAUGAAGAGGAGAAAAUUCCCAUAGCACGUCUCUUUUAUCUGGUCACAUCCGCGGAACUGGAUUAUUAUUUUUCCCAAGCCUUCAUUUCCAUGUUGUGGAGACAGGAGAGCUGACAUGCGUCUGGAAUGGGGAUCUAGCGCGGUGACAUACAGUUGCGAAAUAGCCUGAUUUAUAGAUCUAUAGAGAGUGAAUGAUUAGGAUACCCGGUGCAGGUAGGGGAGCCGACAGUAGUGCCUGCUUGUUCGCCGUGAGUGACCGCUUUGAGCCCGCUGUGAACCCGCUGGAGGACUCGGUUACUUUGAGUGGAGUCUCCGGAGCCGCUAUGGAGGAGUGGAGACAAUGCGGGCGGUGGUUGAUAGACUGCAAGGUCCUGCCCCCCAACCACCGGGUCGUGUGGCCCUCGGCGGCCGUCUUCGACUUGGCACAGGCCCUGCGAGACGGGGUGCUGCUGUGCCAGAUGUUGCACAACCUCUCCCCGGGAUCAGUGGACCUGAAGGAGAUCAAUUUCAGACCCCAGAUGUCACAGUUCCUGUGUUUGAAGAACAUCCGGACGUUCCUCAAGGUGUGCCACGACAAGUUCGGCCUGCGUAACAGUGAGCUGUUCGACCCGUUCGACCUCUUUGAUGUCAGGGACUUCGGCAAGGUAAUCUCCGCUCUUUCGAGGAUCUCCCACCACAGCAUUGCACAAAUCAAAGGCAUCAGGCCUUUUCCAUCGGAGGACACAGCUCUGAAUGAGGAUGAUGUGUACCGGAGCCUUGAAGAGCUGGCAGAUGAGCAUGACUUGGGUGAGGAUGACAUCUACGACUGUGUGCCAUGUGAUGACGAUGGGGACGACAUCUAUGAGGACAUCAUUAAGGUGGAAGUACGACAACCCAUGAAGAUGGGAAUGACAGAAGAAGACAAAAGAAAUUGCUGCUUAGUAGAGAUCCAGGAGACUGAAGCAAAGUACUACAAGACUUUAGAGGACGUUGAGAAGAACUACAUGAUCCCGUUGAAGCAAGUGUUCACCCCACAGGAAAUGGAGGCUAUCUUUGUCAAUCUUGAGGAUGUAAUCAAAGUCCACUCCGCCCUCCUACGAGCCAUAGACCUGAACAUGUUGAGCGGAGGAAGCGGACUGGGGAAGAUCUUCCUCGAAUUCAAAGAAAGGUUGUUGAUCUACGGUCUGUACUGUAGCCACAUGGAGAACGCACAGAAGACACUGGACGAGCAAAUAGCGACACGGGAGGACGUCAAGAUUAAAGUGGAGGAAUGUACUAUGAAAGUGCAGGAAGGGAAGUUCAAGCUGCAGGAUCUGCUGGUGGUUCCCAUGCAGAGGGUGCUGAAGUACCACCUACUACUGAAGGAGCUGUUGACUCACUCGGCGGACCGACCGGAGAGACAACAACUGAAGGAGUCUCUGGAGGCGAUGCAGGACCUUGCCAUGUACAUCAACGAAGUCAAGAGGGAUAACGAGACGCUGAAGAAAAUCAGCGAGUUCCAAAGUUCAAUAGAGAAUCUUCAGCAGGUGAAACUGGAGGAGUACGGGAGGCCAAAGAUAGACGGAGAGCUGAAGGUGUGCUCCAUCGUCAACCGAACGAAACAGGACCGGUAUAUAUUCCUGUUUGAUAAAGUGGUCAUUGUCUGCAAGAGGAAAGGCUACAGCUAUGAGCUCAAAGAGAUUAUCGAACUGCAGUCAUAUAAAAUGUCCGACGACCCCAUGAACAACAGAGACAUGAAAAAGUCCAGUGGAAAAAUGUGGUCAUACGGUUUCUACCUGAUCCACCUGCAAGGGAAGCAGGGCUUCCAGUUCUUCUGUAAAACAGAGGAGACAAAGAGGAAGUGGAUGGAGCAGUUUGAAAUGGCCAUGUCCAACAUCAAGCCAGAGAGAGCCACAGCCAAUCAGCAUAACUUUCAGAUGCACACAUUCGAUAAGAACACCAACUGUCGAGCCUGCAAGAUGCUCCUGAGGGGAAUCUUCUACCAGGGCUACUACUGCUCUCGCUGUGGAACAGGAGCACACAAAGAGUGUCUGGAAGUCAUCACCAUCUGUAAAAUAAAUCCUCUUGACUUGGAACCCGGAUUAUCAUCAGCUACAUCCAUCAAUCCUCAUAGCAAUCACUUGAUUGUGUCUCCAGGCCCCAAGAUGGUGGCAGUGAGGAACUACCACGGCACGCCUGCUCCACCGGGGAAGACGCCGCUGUGUUUUCAAACAGGAGAGUUUAUCGAGCUGCUGAAGGGAGAUCCUGACACCACGUGGUGGGAGGGAAAACUGAUACAAACACUAAAGAGCGGCUUCUUUCCCAGUUCUUGUGUAAAACCAUGUUUGGACCCAAAGCCUUUCCAGUCAUUAUCUACCCGGCAGUGCUCCAGGGAAUCAGACUACUAUGGAUAUCCUUGGUUUGCGGGGAACAUGGAGCGCCAGCAGGCCGAUAACCUUUUAAAAUCCCACAGCAGCGGGACCUACCUUAUCAGAGAGAGGACGGCGGAGGCAGAGAGGUUCGCCAUCAGCAUCAAAUUCAACGAUGAAGUAAAACACAUCAAAGUCAUUGAAAAAGACAACUGGAUUCACAUCACUGAGGCCAAGAAAUUUGAGAGUCUUUUGGAGCUGGUGGAGUACUAUCAGGCACAUUCACUGAAAGAGAGCUUUAAGUUGUUAGACACGACCCUGCGAUACCCGUACAAGUCGAGAGAACGCUCGCUAACACGGGCCAGCACACGCUCACCAGAUGUACCCAUACAGAUGAACGCUCAAAUAUCUGGAUCAGUGUUCACUCCUCGGGUGGUCAGCUCAGCGGUGGCCAGGUAUAAUUUUGCAGCAAGAGACAUGAGAGAGCUUUCUCUGCGGGAAGGAGACAUCGUGAAAAUCUACAGCAAGAUCGGAGGAGACCAGGGCUGGUGGAAGGGAGAGGCCAACGGACGAAUUGGAUGGUUUCCCUCAACGUACGUGGACGAAGAAGGCGUUCAGUAAUGCUGGAAGGAUUACUGGCCUCGCGCUCUAAAAUCAGGAACCAUCAUCUAUCUACUGUGCUCAGAGAAAUCACUCACUCUCUCCAGGAAACAACACAAGAAAAAAAAAACUUUUGCUGUUGUUUUUUUGCUGGAUACCCGAUCGUUCUGCGAGUGUUUCUACCCCAUUUCUCAAUCUUCAAUUAUGCACCUGCUUUGCUUAUGUUUGUACAUUUUUCAUUCUUUAUUUUAGCAGGAUGUCCUGUUUAAUCUCUGUACAGGAAAGAAGAAGAAAGUGGCUUGUUGUCUGUCAGUGUGUUCUGCAGAGGAUCUAUGAACUGAGGACAGAAACUGUGGAUAGCUUCUUGGUUGCAGGUCUAUGCCAGGUGAAAUAAUUGUACAGUAUAGAUAAUUUAUUGAAUAGAGAUUAUUAUCAUUACUAAUGAUUAUUGUGGGGGAUUUUAGCUGAAGCAAUGAAUCAGAAACUAAAAUAAGGGGGGGGAAAAGACAGAUGCUCUGUUUUCAUGUGGAGAGAUUUUUGCCUUAGUUGUCAUGGUGAUGCCUUGUGGGCUGACACCAGUGGAGGGAAUAGACUUUGUUGACUGGUUUUACUUCUCCAUGUAUGCAUGUGCCCAUGCGCGGCCCACACACACAUACACACACACACACACACACACUCUGACCAAUGUACAGUACGGUGCCUUUGAAGAAUGGUCCAUGCUUACUGAACCACAGCAGCCCCAAACAGAGGACUCUACUGAGGUGGGGGGCACUGACUGGGGACGCCCCUCCCCGGGAAACAAGAUGGUGAAGCAUUUAACUUAUCCUAACCGUGACUGGAUAGACUCAGAAAGAGGGUUUUUAUAGCCAUCAACAUACUGACGGCUAUGUCAGUAUGUUACCACUGUUCAAUGGAUGAAACCAACUGGAUGCAAAAGGGAAACAUCAAGACAUUCCACUGGACAACCACUUCACACUUUGAUUUGUUCUUUGUGCAUAGAAUCAAGACUAUUUUUUAACUGGACCGUUUAUUAUUUGAAGCCAAAUUCAGCCAUGUUUUAAUGUCUGCAUGGAGUUUGUUAUGAUUUUUGUACUUUGCCUUAUUUUUACAGAUGUUCAGGUGUUGGGUUUUUCUUUUUGUUCCCGCCUCCCCCUUCUUAAUGUAAAUCAUUUUUCAUGCGUGAAAUUUGGUGCUGUGCAGACUGGUGAAAAUGUAAACUGUCAGAAGAUUUUUUUAUCUGAAGGAAAAUGUACGUGCUAAUGAACCUGAAUCCACAGAAGAAGACAUUUUGUGUUUUUCCAAAGGGGCAGUGCUCAGUGUUUCCAUUUACUUCCAGUAAUUAACAGCCAUGUUGACUGCAGUUUGUCAAUAUUAAACGUUCAUCAGUUUCCUAUUGACAGAAGGCCAGUUUCUAAUUCUAGUUAUGCUGACGUUCAGAUGUUUAUUGGCUCUGUUAGCUUAUAAUGGUUCAAAUUUGUUUACAUUUAAUUUCAUAUACAGAAUAUUGACUAACUCUGUUUGACCUUCAUAUCUGCACCUCCACAUUGUGAUAUGGUAUUGAUGAAUCCAUAGCAGCUUAGACUGAAAUGUCUCAGCCUUCAUUUGAAAAUGUCACGUAUAUUAAAACUCAUCUUGUCUUCUUGCUAAAACUAAUACGAAGGAAGCUAAGUGCAAACACUGAGCACGUCCGCUCAGGCUGGUUCUCCAACACUAACGGGGAAAAGGUGCUGAUAUGUUUAGUUUCUAAACUUUUGACUGUCUAUGAUGUGUGUCAUUACAAAGGCCCACCCCCCCAAAAAACACAAAGUUCUACCACUGUGUGAGGGGGGACACACAGGAAGCCUCCAUGUCAUCUAAAUAAAGAGAGGGGGGGGGGGGGGAUCUAGUCGCUGUGUAUGUGGUGGACAAAAUCCCAUUGCAUGUGGCUAUUGAUAUUUCAACUCCUGUCAAUACGUCCUCGAAAAAAAAUAAGUACUUAAUCGUGUACAUUUUUUUUUGAAUGGUUGAGUAUUUCCAAAUGAGGUCUAUUAUGAAAUAAAUAUUUCUCUUUGGUUUA